AUGGAGAUGGCGGAUAGGUUUUAUGUUUCCAACGAACUUUUAAUCCAACAUUUGCGUGAAAUUUCCUCACGACUUGCGAUUGGAGAGCAAGUUCUUAGCCAACAAGCCGAGGGGCAAACUCUCAAUCCCAACCUUGAUUCUCAGUCACAAGAGGAAAAUUCUCAUGUGGUUUCAAUUCGGCCACCUGUUCCACCUACUCAUCUAGAGGAAAGUGAGGUUGAUAUGGAAUAUGAGAGUGAGAAAGAGAUAGGUGAGACAACCUUAGAAUCGAAUGUUCAAGUCGACAUUCCUAUUGGGAACCUGACAUUGGUUGAGGAAAAAUUGUCAACCGAAGGGGAUGAGUCCCAAAAGGUGGUCAUCAAUGAAAAUUGCAAUAUGGUCCAACCUAAGGCAACCAUCCUAGGAUGUAAUGGCCUACAUUCUAGUGAAAAAAAAGGUCGGAGCAUGACCUAA